AUGUCUCUAGUGGAAAUGAAGACGAGUGCAAAGUCUCUGGAACUGAACACAUUGAUUAAAAGUGUUUAUGAAAAUAAUAAUAUUACUGGUAAUUAUCUUUGGAUAGGUGGCAUUCGGAACGAAUUACCAACUGAAAACUUCCACUGGCAUACAACGGGUGAACAAUUUACAUACACUGAUUGGAUUGGCGAUUAUCCAAAUUACGGUAGCAGUCUACAAGCUUGUGUUGAAAUGGAGUUAGCUUUUGAUUGGAAAUGGCGUAACUAUGACUGUUCCGCAAGAAAUGGUUUCGUAUGUGAAUUCAACAAAGAAAAAAUAGUUAAAAAGGAAGAUUUAAAAGUUGAGAACCUUAAGUUACAAAAAGAACUAAUAAAGCAACAAAAGGAACAUCAGGAGCAGUUACAGAAACUUAAAGAACAAUAUUUAGAUCUACAAAAUAGUUCUCGUUAUAUCAAUAUAUAUUUUAAUAACAUUUAUUCCAACUAA